UUAUUUUCAAAAAAUAUGAACUGAACGCACUUUUACUUGACAAUCGCGUGACAUUGACAGUCAGCUGUGUUGUGACGACGACUGUCAUUGUCUGUAUAAAAUUCGUCAACAAAAUUCGUAAAAUUUAAUAAUUUAUUUAUAUUUUCGUUUCCAAAGAAUUAUCGACAUGGAGAAGAUUACACCUUUUAAUCCUAAAAUAAUGAGCAAAGCUAGAACUGCUGGCGAUGGCAUGGAGUCCGACGAGUCGACUUCCGAGUCAGGGUCAAAAACUGUAACGAAAACGAACGUUAGUUCAGGGAGCAAGGCUGCCGCCCCCUUAUCGGGGCGUCUUAUUCAGGUUUAUCCCACAAAUGUAAUUAAAGCUGAAAAGAAGUCCCAUAUUCAUUCCAAAAGCCCUAAAUUCGUCCCUUAUGAACCGUAUGCCGCUGCCGUGAAGCCGAUCACCCCGCAAUCCGUAACGAAAGGUACCAAGAAAUCUAGAAAUAACAUGGACAUCAACAUGCUGAUAUCUCAGAUGUCUCAAAUGAAAACUGACUUAAAUGAAUUUAAACCUCGACCCAAACUCCCAUCCACUGGCGAAAAGUCAGUAACAGAAGUAAACACAACAUGCCCAGAAAAGGAAGAAAUGCAAAAGAAAAUAAGUGAACUUAUGGCAGAAAACGAGUCACUGAGCGACCAGUUGAAACAACAAGUACAGGUGAAUAAAGAACUGAAGACAAUGUUAGUGGCUUCCAUGGGGGAGGACCUUGAAACACAAGUUCACACUCUGAAUGAAGAUAAGAAGCACCUGGCAAAUGCACUGAUCAACUCUGCUCAACAUCUUUCUACACACCAGGAACAAACUGAGUGGUUAGCUGGGCAGUGUGAAGUAUGGAGGAGUAAAUUUCUUGCAAGCAGUUUGAUGGUGGAAGAAUUAGCAAACUGCAAGAAGAUUUUGAACGAGAAAUGCGAGAGAUUGCAGCAGUCAAUCAAGCAGCUGCUCGAUGAGAGAUGCAGGGCCAGAGACAUGAUGAUGUGCACAUACACCAACUUGUACAGUCUCCACGAGAAGUUCCUCGAAAACAUAGCCAUCUCAGAGUAUAUGGGAUCCAAUAAGCUGUACAAUCGUCCCAUCGGCAACUUAAACUUCAAUGCUACUAUGCCACACACUACAAAUAUUUUGGACAUGUCAUCAGUAAACUUGAAACUGUCUGAAAACAUAAGCAAUUCUGUAGAAAAACAGGAUAUUAUUCAUCUCAACAGUUUACCAACCAUAACAGAAGGGGAAAAGAAUGCUGAACAUGUGAUGGCGAUGCCACUAGACGUGAAGAAACUGAACGAUGCUCCGCUUCACGCGCUUGUUCAUCACGCCUACAGCAGCAGCGGUAGCACGGCGAGACCCGUGGCUUCGUGCGUCCACUGCACUGGGCGAGUCCAAUUGCUUUAAACCAUGGCCACCGUAUUUUGAGUUGUACUGCCUUGUUAUAAGAAUGAAAAGCAAUAAAAUUAUAUAAGGAUGAGAAGCAAUAUAAUGACAACUGGCAAAACUGAACGAAGCUAUGAAUGGAGGAAUUCCGUACAUCAUUUUAUAGCAGGGGUGGCCAACUGGAUUAGACAUAAGAUCUACGGUUUACUAACGAAACCCUGGGCGAUCUACCACUUACAUA